AUGGCAAGCGAUAUUGAUACUCUCGUUGAUAUGGGCUUCUCUCGCGUCAAAGUCCAAAAAGCGUGGAAGGCAACUAAUGGAGCUGGUCUACAACCUGCUAUGGAUUGGUUGCUAGCCCAUCCCGAAGUCUCUGAUGAGCCUGACGAGGACACUGCACCCCAAGCACUUGGUAGCAGCAGCAGCAGUAACCCUUCACAACCCACCAGUGAAGCACCCAAAGAAAGUGAAGAAGGUGAAAUCAAGGAAGGUGAACAGACUGCCCAAAGUCUUGUGUGUAAUGAUUGUGGCAAGCUUUUCCGUGAUGCCGCAACUGCUGAACGACAUGCUAUCAAGACUUCGCAUCAAAACUUUUCCGAGAGCACACAGGCCAUUGCACCAUUGACCGAGGAGGAAAAACAAGCCAAGUUGGCUGAACUCAAGGCGAGACUUGCUGAGAAACGUGCUGCCAAGGCACGUGAAGAAGCUGAGGAACGUCGUCAAUCCGAAAAGAUUCGUCGCAAGACCGGUCAAGAAAUCUCAGUAGCACGUCAGCAGAUGGAGGAGAAGGAGAUGAAGAAGGCUAUGGAAGCAAAGAGAAGGGAAAAGGAAGCAGAUAAACUGGCCAAGGCUAAGAUCAAGGCGCAAAUUGAACAAGACAAAAAGGAACGUCAAGCAAAGCGUGAAGCCGCAAAGCUAGCAGCCCAAGAACAAAAAGAGCAACAAGCAGCAGCAGCAUCAUCAUCAUCUUCAGCCGCCGCAGCUGCUCCAGCAGCAAAGAAGGAAUAUAAUGAAGCUCGCUUGCAGUUCCGUGUCCCAGGCAUAGCACCUAUCACUCAAACAUUCCCUGCUGACACCACUCUUCAACAAGUACACGAGUUUUUGCAAUCCAAGGGAUGUAAUCAACCAUUUGCUCUUUCGAUGACUUUCCCCAGGAAAACGUUUGGAGGAGACGAUCUUGACAAGACAUUGAAGGAACUUAAUCUUGUACCAUCCUCUGCAUUGAUUCUCAACUACAACUAG